CCCAGGCAGUUUUGUUUUCUACGUGUUUUUGAAAUUUAGAAUACUUAUUUACAAGCAGACGUUUUUGAAAUGGAAUUUAAGGUAAUAGUGAUAUUACCUUUUCUGUCAUGUAUCUGCAACGGUAAUGUGUUUGGUCCUAGUACACACAGUUCUGUGGAGGCGGACAAAAAGGAGACGGGAAUCACAUGCAUACAAUCGGACAUUAAUGUUUUGAAAGAAGAUAUGCAUGAACUAGUUAAAAGAGUAUUUAGUAACGAAAACGACAUUUCAUUACUUAAAAGAGAAAAUCAGUAUCUGACAAAUGAACUUGAAAACAAAAGGCGGCAAUUUUCAUGCGAAAUCAACGUGUUACAUGAAAACACUAACGAGCAUCAACGAGCCUUGAACAACACUAACACGGAGAUUAAUCACCUUUUGUCUUCAUUUAAUGAAACAAUAGAAAAACUGUGGAAUGGUGUCGAUAAGUUAGAAGAGUUAGAAAGGCAAAGGUCUGAGGAAAACAUUACAGAAUGUAUUGACAAAUCAGUCACACCAUGCAGCAGUUCACCUUGUGUAAAUGGUGGAACAUGCACACCUACCGGAAGUAUUUACGUUUGUUUAUGUCCGACUGGAUAUAAUGGAAACCAGUGUCAAGUCACACCAUGCAGCAGUUCACCCUGUGUGAAUGGUGGAACAUGCACACCUACCGGAAGUAUUUACGUUUGUGUAUGUCCGACUGGAUAUAAUGGAAACCAGUGUCAAGUCACACCAUGCAGCAGUUCACCCUGUGUAAAUGGUGGAACAUGCACACCUACCGGAAGUAUUUACGUUUGUGUAUGUCCGACUGGAUAUGAUGGAAACCAGUGUCAAGUCACACCAUGCAGCAGUUCACCCUGUGUAAAUGGUGGAACAUGCACACCUACUGGAAGUAUUUACGUUUGUGUAUGUCCGACUGGAUAUAAUGGAAACCAGUGUCAAGUUAAACCGUCCUGUGACAAUGGUUGGAAGAUGCAUGAUAACAACUGUUACUACUUCAGCAGUCUUGAUAAAAAUUGGAAUGAUGCAAAGAAAGCUUGUAAAAUGCAAAAUAGCAUGCUGACAGACGCAACAUCAAUGAGUGAGAUUAAUUUUCUUAGAACAAAUGCGAAAAAGUUUCAAAAAACUUUUUGGCUUGAUGGAUCAGAUCGGGCCAUAGAGGGUGUGUGGGUAUGGACAAGUAGUGGACAGAAGUUCUCAGUUACUAAUUGGUUUACACGUACUUCACAAGAACCAAAUAAUAUGAACGGAAACGAGAAUUGUCUGCAAAUAUAUAACAAACAUGAUUUUGAAUGGAAUGAUGACAACUGUUUAACAAGGCAUAGGUAUAUAUGUAAAAAAACAUUGAUGUGAGAUUUGCAACAAAGAAAGAACAGACCACUAGCUAACAUUAGAUAUAAAAACUACAAAGUCCGAAAAUAUAUCUAAAAUUUAGGUAAAAUGACACUGAUAGAUUAAGCCAGUACACAUCCUCUCUGGUAUGGACAGAUGUUCCGAAAAAGUUAACGUUUUUUUACCUGGCCUAAUCACUCAUUCAAAUUGAACAGAUGAAAUAAUAUAUUCAAAAAAUUAGUUCGUCUCAUUUUCUCAUUUCAUCCCCAUACAUAUUUAUAAAUUAAUGAUCACGAGAAAUAACAAAAAGAAAACUUACACUAUAAUCAAAUGGGACUGUAUUUAUGAUAACCAAAAUAAGUUCAUAAAAUUGUGGUCCUUUGCCCUCAUAGCCUAAGCAAUAAAAGCCUUAUCACUCUGUUCAUUGUGUCGUCCAGUUCUUCUAAAUUUCUGUAACCAAUAUAAAAUUACUAGUCAAAUUAUGAAGUCGGAAAUACAUGGUUUGAGUUUCCUCGUAGAUUAUUGAUCUUUUAAAACG